CCUGGCUCUUCUUUGAGGACCACCUUAGGCAUGCUCCCACCCCUUGGCUAAAGAAAGUAAGGCCAACUCCGCUCAGUUUUCUUUAGCUGUAUAGUUAUCAUCCGGGAAAACCUUCCCCCUUUAGACUGCAGCAGUUAACGGAAUAUUUGGAAUACCAAAGUAUUUUUUUGCAGUGAUUCCUUUUUGUGAUGUCAAUUCUCCCCUGUCUCUAAAAAAGUUAAUCAGAAUUUGAAUCCAUCUGGUCUCAGGAUUGGAAAGCUAUUCUCGAAGCAGAUCAAAGAUGUUUAUUAAAGUUCAAUUCUUCAUCUUCGUUCUAGGGAGCAUGCCCUUCAUAGCACUUGCUGAAGAAGCAAGCUCAGUUCUAGAAGGAGAAGAAAGUACAACAAUUGAUUUCAGAGACAGAAAUGAUACAGAAUUUGAAGAAUUACCAACCCUGUUGCCCACAAGACUACACAAUGUAACAAAGCUCUUGCAGUUUGGACAACUGAUGACCACACAAAGUGCAUUUGUACCAGCUGAAGACAGUGAUAAUUCUACUGGUUACGAAGUUAACACAGAAAGUGUUGACGGUGGACUGAGUGGGGAACCAGAGAAAACUGAAAAAGGUGGUCUGGAAACAAUUGCACUGGUUGGAAUAAUUAUUGGAAUCAUAGUUGCAGUUGGAAUCCUCGCAGGAAUAAUAAUCGCUGUUGUAAGGAAGAUGUCAGGCAGGUACUCGCCCUGAAAACAGUUGAAGCAAGCAGCCAUGCCAUUCUAUGCCAGAAGAUACAAGUGCUUCUUAUUUUAUAAGAACUAAAGACUAUUCCUGUAUUGGUGUGAGAAGAUGAUCCAUGGAAAAUAUGGUUAAAGAAUUCCAUAUCUAUGGGGAUCCCACACAAUUCUAAGGACUCCCUCCCCCACCCCCCCAACUACAGAGUACAGAACAUUUAAUAGGAUUUUUACUAGCCAGGAGUUUACUAGAAGAAAGAAAAA